CUCUCGCUGUUAUUGAGAUCAGCAGGAAUGAACACUACUCGCUGCAUUACAGCCCCCUGUCUCAGAUAGCCGGGCACCCGGGCAGCUAGUGUGUGGUGUCACCGUAGCGGUGAAACAGGACGAGUUUGAAAUAAAUUCCCAGUUACUACCGAAUAUUUGAAUGGUCUUGCGGGUUACCAAGGCUUUCGUGUUUGCGAUCUACGCUUGGAUGAAGAAAUGACAAGGUUCCUGAAAGGGCUGGAAGGUGUGUGCUCGGACCUGCCCUUCCGUGUGUGAGCCCCUGGGGGCCUGGCGGGACUCUGGAGGUGCUCCGUGUGUGGAAUUCCUGGCUGCACCGGAAUCCCUGUGAAAAUGUUCCGAGGACCAACGCACUUUUGUCUUUCGCCUGUGUCUCCCUGCACCCCCCCGGCCCCCGGCUUUGCGAUCGUCUGCCCUCUGCUCUCUUUUCCCGUUGGCCGCUGGCAAUAAGGACUUCUCUGAACGGGGCACUUGGGACAUCUUACUCCAAAAUCGGGUGUGGGGGGGAAAAGAAGGGGGUGGCCCAUCGAGAGCGGCCUGUUUUGUGAGUGUUGUUAAAUCGCACUCAGUUGCCUGAAUCUGGUGUUUGUGUGUUUGGGAGGGGGAAUCGGCUCUGAAUUCAGUUUUCUGGGAGGGGGAAUCAGCUCUGAAUUUGGCGGUUUGCUGGGAGAGGGGGGGAACAGCUCUGAAUUUGGCAGUUUGCUGGGAGAGGGGGGAGCAGCUCUGAAUUUGGUUUUCUGGGAGAGGGGGGGAACAGCUCUGAAUUUGGUUUUCUGGGAGAGGGGGGGAACAGCUCUGAAUUUGGCGGGCUGCGGCGAGGAUGUCGGGGCCGGAGAUGGCGAUAAACAGCGAGGCGGGCGACUGGGGCGGGAGCGAUGACGCCGGGGAGCGCGCCUGGCUCCUGCAGAGCCCCAGCGUGGAGACGGGACCCCCCCCGCGCGAGCCGGAGCGGGAGAGGGAGGGGCGCGGGGGCGGGACCUCGGCCCUGGGCGCCGUCUUCAUCGUGGUCAACGCGGCCCUCGGCGCCGGGCUGCUCAACUUCCCCGCCGCCUUCAACGUCGCCGGCGGCGUCACCUCGGGGGUCACGCUCCAGCUGUGCAUGCUGGUCUUCAUCAUCAGCGGUCUGGUGAUCCUGGCCUACUGCUCCCAGGUCAGCAACGAGACCACCUACCAGGAAGUGGUGCGGGCGGUGUGCGGGCGCGUCACGGGGGUCAUCUGCGAGGUCGCCAUCGCCGUCUACACCUUCGGCACCUGCAUCGCCUUCCUCAUCAUCAUCGGCGACCAGCUGGACAAGCUGAUCGCAGCCAUGGCUCACGAGCCUGAGGGGGUGAUGGACGAUCACUGGUACACCGACCGCAGGUUCACCAUCGUGGUGACCUCAGUGCUGGUCAUCCUGCCUCUCUCCAUCCCCAAGGAAAUUGGCUUCCAGAAGUAUGCCAGUGCGUUAAGUGUCGUUGGUACCUGGUACGUGACCGUUGUCGUCAUCAUCAAGUAUAUCUGGCCGGACAAGGAGAUUUCACCAGGUUACAUUCCCACCAGUCCCUCCUCCUGGACAGACGUGUUCAAUGCUAUGCCCACCAUAUGCUUCGGCUUCCAGUGCCACGUGAGCAGCGUGCCCGUCUUUAACAGCAUGAGGAAGCGUGAGAUUCAGCCCUGGGGGGGCGUGGUCACGGCGGGCAUGAUCAUCUGCCUCUUCCCUCUCCCUCCCCCAGGUGUCUGCGGCUUCCUGUCGUUCGGCUCCACCGUGAAUCAGGACGUUCUGAUGUCAUACCCCUCCAACGACAUCGCCGUGGCUGUCGCCAGGGCCUUCAUAGUCGUCUGUGUGGUGACAUCAUAUCCCAUUCUGCACUUCUGCGGAAGGGCGGUGCUGGAGGGCCUGUGGCUGCGCUUCCGGGACGAGCCGGUGGAGGUGGACGUGGGGCGGGAGCGGCGGCGGCGGCUGCUGCAGACGGUCACGUGGUUCGCGCUCACCCUCCUCCUGGCGCUCUUCAUCCCGGACAUCGGCCGCGUCAUCUCCCUCAUCGGCGGACUCGCCGCCUGCUUCAUCUUCGUCUUCCCAGGCCUGUGUCUGAUUCAAGCCAAGCUUUCGGAGAUGCAGGAAGUUCGACCCGGAAGCUGGUGGGGGCUGGUGUCCUACGGCAUCUUCAUGGUGACCAUUGGAGCGUUCAUCUUUGGGCAGACCACAACCAGCGCCGUGUUCCGCGACUUCCUCUACCACGACAACCAAUAGGCAGCUGGCCGGGCGCGGGGUGGAAAAUGAGGAGGUGUGGAGAGAGAGAGAGAGAGAUAUGGAGGGGAGGAGUGUGCGAGAGGGGGAGGGUGGAUGGUAUAGAGAGGAGGACAGAAGCUGCUACACUGACCUCAGGAGAGAGGCACAGGUCCGUGCCUCAGGUGCACUGCCAGACCUCCCUUGUCCCUUCAUAGUCCUUCACCCUCCACUCCGACCUCUCUCCCUGACCUCCCUCCUUCUCUCGGGCUCUCCUUGGACUCCUCCUGCAUGCAGCCUCCCACCCCUACCGAUGCAUCGCUGCCACCAGUCUCAGCGCAGUCACCUCCUCGGCCCCUCGUGACGCGCUGGCACCACGCGUGCCGGACCUGAUAAUGUAAACAGGGCCUCGUCCUCUCUCUCCUCCUAAGAGCCGCGAUGAAGAGGAGCCACCCGGAACCCCACGUCCUGAUUGGCACAGCCGGACCUGAGAUGAAAUCUGAUUGGUGGUGAGGGCGGAAGGCACGACAGGCGAAGGGGGCGGGGCCAGUGGAAUUGAAAUUAUGGAAUCAAACCGAUGGAUUUAAUUUUCACAAGGCGGACACCUUUUCUGAUUAACUGUAAUUGCCUCUGCUGCUGGGAUGUGUUUGAUUUUAUGUUUUGCUGCUGAACUGGAGACCCUUAAUAUCAGAUGAUCAUUAUACCGGUUGUGGUCCCUCCUUCCCUCCUCUCCUCUCCAGUUGUGCUAAAGAUAGACCAUUGCCAAAGUACCACAAAGCAAACACAGGAAGCAUGCCACUUGGUAACAUGGUCACUGCAGUUCUGAAUCCUGACAGCAGGGGGCACUGUGAGCAGUAAAUGCAUGUUUAGUCUGUCUGUUGAUCCUGGCUUUCUUCCCCCUUGGCCUUGCAUUACGUUCAGAGUUCACACUAACACAUCUGGUUCACUGACCCUGGGCCUGGUAAAACUUGAGUGACAGUUAGAGUUUGUUCAGUUCACCCCAUCAGUUGAGUUUGGUCAAAUUUGGGGGAGAAAAAAUAUUAUGAAUUCUGAUGAAUCCCAGAGAACCCUUUUUAAAUUUGCUGCCACUAGCAAGAUGUUUAAUGUACAUGCUAUGGAAUGAAAAUGUAAAAUAGAUUUUUUUCCCUCAGUUCAUGUGACAAACAACUGACCAUUUGACCCCACUGCACCCCCAAUGAAAGGCCACAUUGUUUCCAAAUCUGCCUUUGUUCACCUUGUGGCCUAUAUAGGUGUCCUGGCAAGGUCCAGAAGCGUGGGCAUAGUCUAUUUCAAACCUCUGUUGUACCUGCGUCCAUUGAAUUUUCCUAAAAGGACCAUGGGCUGUUUUUAGUAUCUCAUGUAACUGCCUGUAAGGAAAACUGACUUACAUAAUGUCUUUAAAUGUCUGCCAGAAAGAAGAACAACAACACUAAUGCUCGUGCUGGUGAUGAUUUUAGCUGAAUCAACCUGUCAUGUUUUUAUACUGCUGAAUGUAUAAGAUACAAGGACAAGGAAACAAGGGUCCUAUGUAAAGGGAUUACGCUCCCUCUUAUUGGAUGGGUUUCAUAUUUUUUUUUACAGAACAUCUGAACAGGUUUGACCAUGUAAAGCAUGACAUCACAAAUAUGGGAUUCGUAUGUUCUAUAGAACUGGACAUUCCAAUGAUGAUGUAACAAUCACUACUGGUAACUGAAAGCAGUGGAGGUCUAGAACACUGACUUUGAAUUUUGAAAAAGACAUUCCAAAAAAAAAAAACCUUCUGUUAAGUCACAGGUUUUCUCACCAUCUUCCUAACGGAAAAGGGACACAUGCCAGUACAGAAGGCAGUCCUGGUGGCUUCCUCAGUCAUUAUUAAUAGCUUGGUUCCGUUCAGUUCCAAGCCCGGGCUGGAGACCUAGCUGAGAAGCGAGAGAUGUGAAUAAUUCAUGCAAUCAAGGGAAUUAUGUAGUACAGUCAACAGAGGCCCUCUUCGUGGGGUGUCCGAAAACAUCCAGUCUGACUUGGAAGGGGAUCAAGGAAAAGGGAUGAAUUCUGGGACUGAAAAAAUAGCUGCUUGUGAACACUUGUUUUUAGGCAAGGGAAAUACUUGUUUACACAGUGGAGUAAAAUUGAAGUUGUUUACUUGAAUUUAACUGGGUGCAGGGUCUGAAAAUAACUUUCUGGCUCACCUUCCAAGGGCAGGUAAACAUGUAAAAUUUACCAGAUUUUUUUUUCCUUUUUGUUUUUUUUACUGGCCAGCAAUAUUUGCAUGUAUUAUUUCAUUGAACAAAAUAAAGUUUUUAGUAUGCCA